AAAAAUGAGAAUUUUUAGAAUUUACACCAAACUAAAACUAUUUUGCAUUUUGGUUCUUACUCUACAAAUAGCCUUUGCAGAUAAGAACAUGUUCGGGAAGUUCAAGGAUGAGGUAUUGGAUACGAUUGAAAAAUCGAAGAACAAAGUUGAGAAUUUCUUCAACAUUGACCAGUUUUGGGACUUCAUCAGUUUUGACCAUGGUCAUGAUAAAGCUGUGGUUUAUGAUUAUCAAAAAUUUAUUGAAGAGCAUCAGUCAGGACUUGGUGACCAUUCCUUAAUAAGAUACCCAACCUGAACUACUUCUGAGAGUCUCCAAAGUGUUGAAAAGAGUAGGAAUUUUUCAUGUCAGGGAAACAUGGUUCCAUGUGAAGCCCUAGAGAAUUCUAUUGACAUUAUAAAGGAAGAUUUUUACAAGAGCUCUUCGACAGAUAUAAAGUUUGUGAGCUUAUCACCCAAUUCUUUCCAAAAACCAAUCGAUGAGCAUGCAGAUUUUGAAGCAGUUAUCUGUAUUUCUGGUUUCUUGAGUCAGAGAGAUGAUUUACAGGACUCUUGGCACGGAGUAUUGGAUAAUGUUGACCCUGAAAAGCCUGUAUUUGGAUAUAAAUGGCCUGCUGAAGACUACUUGAGCAUCUUUAACAGGAUCCUACUUGAGAUCGUUAAUAUCAGGUUUGAGAAGAUUAAGGAUAUCUCAAUUGGUGAUAUCAUGGCUUUUAAUGGAGUCAGAGAAAUUGCAAUGGAAUCUGGUAAACUCCUCGCGCAUGCUCUCAUACUAGAAUAUCCUGAGUACCUUCCUCGAGUAUCAUUAGUCUCUUUCAGCCUUGGUACAGAGGUAGUGAGGUCAUGCAUUGAAGAGCUUCAUAGACUUGGAGUCAAGGAUAUCAUCCAAGAUGUAUAUUUGUUAGGUGGAGCAACGACUAUCAAUGAAAUAGAUUAUCCAAUGUUCGAUGUUUUAAACGGAAAGCUUGUGCAAGUUUACACUCCUUCCGAUAGAAUCCUUGAUUUCUAUGAACUGGCAACUGCUGAAAUUCCAAUUGGGCAGGACAAGCUCAGUGAAGAACUUACAAAGAGAAUAGAGAACUUGGGGGUAAAGGUUGAGCAAUAUGACAUCACUGGAAUCUCAAAUGGUCACACAAAGUAUCGAUCUUACUUAAAUGAAAUCCUACAGAAAGUAGGUUUCCAUUAGGCUAUCAGCUAUCAAGCGGAGGCAAAGACAUCGGCAUAUUUCUCAC